AUGUCUUUAUCUUGUGACGAAGAACGACCUUCUUAUAUCCAAAGACAAAAUAGACAAAAUAGACAAAAUAGACAAAAUGAAAAUUUUUAUUCUAUUCAUAAAUCAAACAUUAUAGGGCUGGGUUUACUUUUAAUUUGUAUCGCUGCCUUUAUUUUACAGACAGAACUGGCGCAAUUCGUUCAAACCGAGAAAAUGUAUAAUAAACCAUAUUUUAUUUUAUGGGUGGUUCAUAGCGCUUGGUUAAUAAUGUUACCAAUUCAAUUUGCAUUUAAACCAAAUCCUCGGAAAUUGUUCAAAGAAUUUCUUUAUUCCAUUCAUGAAUUAUUCAAUGUGGUAAAGAAACCAUCAUAUGAAUUUAUUCCUGAUAAUUAUGAAGAGGGAGAUAAUAUUUCCCACAUUUUAUUUUCAUCAUGGCGUAAUCCCAUAACUUCUUACUUGCUAGGGAUCAUCACAUUAUUUACAUUCGGUUUUUGUGUAGUGGGUUACAGUUGGUAUAUUGCCAUAAAUCUAACUACCAUGUCCAAUUUAACUGCUAUUUAUAAUACAAGUUGUUUUUGGGCUUAUGUGUUCUCAAUUCUUAUGUUGGGUGAAUCAUUGAAAAUACGAAAAAUCGGUGCCGUUUGUUUAAGUAUUGUAGGGAUUAUUAUAUUAACUUUUUUUAAGAAAGAUUCAAAGAUUCCUUCUCGAGAUAAUGAUAAUAAUAAUAUUAGUGAUGGAUAUGAAUUUUUCCCGGGAGAUUUAAUAGCAAUUUUUAGUGCAAUAUUGUGUGGAUUGUGUGAAGUAUUGUAUAAAAAAUAUGCAAGUCCACCAACACCAUCAAUUUUAUUUUCAAAUAUUUUAACUGGUUUAAUGGGUUUUACAUCCUUAUUAUUACUUUGGGUACCUCUUCCAAUAUUACACUUUAUUGGAAUUGAAAAAUUCGAACUUCCUGAUUUGCAUACUUUUGGUUUUAUACUUCUAAUAGGUUUAAUGGGUGUUACGUUUAAUGCAAGUUUUAUGAUAGUAAUUUCUUUCACUUCACCACUUUUUGCAGCUAUUGGAACAAUGUUGACCAUUCCAUUAGUAGCAAUAGUAGAUGUGGGGGUGACAGGAGUUCCAUUAGAAAUGAAUACGAUAAUUGGAAGUUUUUGCAUAUUAAUAGGGUUUGUCUUAUUAAGUUGGUCUAACUUUCAAAUGAUAAAUGAAUAA